AUGAACAAAGGAAAACCAGCAACAAAUGCAUCUACAGUUACAAAAGGUGUAGAAGGCCGUCGACGUAUCGACAUCAAACAAAUGCAAAAUGUUCUUCUAAUCUGGUUAGACAGUAAUAUUGACGAAGCAAAUGAUGAUUGUCAGAAUAAAAUAAAACAAUUACGACGUGUUGUUAACGACAUCAAUACAUAUACAGAUGUUGAUCAAUGCCUUGAAUUCAUUCAAACAAUCGUCGAUACCAAAGUAUGUAUGAUUAUAUCCGGAUCACUUGGACAACAUAUUAUGUCUCGUGUGCACAAUAUGCCUCAAGUUGAUUCAAUAUUUAUUUUAUGUGGUAAUGAAAAACGCCAUGAGCAAUGGACCAAAGAUUGGCCCAAAAUAAAGGGUGUCUUCACAGAUAUUACACCCAUCUGUGAAGCACUCAAAUCAGUAGCUAAUCGAUGUGAGAAAAAUGCUAUUACCAUAAGUUUCUUGGGAUCAAAUAAAAAAUUGGAUCAAUUAGAUCCUUCUUUUAUGUACACCCAAAUUAUCAAAGAAAUUAUAUUAACCAUCAAAUUCGAGCAAAACCACAUCCAAGAUUACAUCGAUUAUUGUUACGAUGUUUUUGCUGAUAAUCCAAAAGAAAUUGAAAACAUUAAACAAUUAGAAAGUGAAUAUCACAGCAAAACACCAAUUUAUUGGUACACCUGUCAAGUGUUCUUGUAUCCCAUACUCAAUCGUGCAUUACGAUUGAUGGAUGGUGAUAUCAUUAUACGCAUGGGUUUCUUCAUUGGUGAUUUACAUCGUUACAUUGAAAAACUGCAUCAGGAACAAUAUGCUGGUACAACUGCUGCAGACACCUUCACUGUUUACCGUGGUCAAGGCUUAUCUAAAGGAGAUUUUGAGCAAAUGACGAAAAUCAAAGGUGGUCUUAUUUCAUUCAACAACUUCUUAUCUAGCAGUAAAGAUUAUGCAGUUUCCUAUGCUUUUGCUGAAAGCAAUCAGACCAAUCCACAUUUAAUUGGAAUACUUUUCAUUAUGAAAGUAGAUUCCUCUCAAUCAACAACACCAUUUGCUUCUAUUGCUGGUAUUAGCAAGUUCCAAGGAGAAGAGGAAGUCUUAUUCUCGAUGCAUAGCGUUUUUCGUCUACAGGACAUUAAAAAGAUAAGUGAAAAUAAUCGUUUAUAUGAAGUCAACUUGAUACUGACUGCUGACAAUGAUCCAGAACUGUCUAGACUUACUGAUUCUAUCCGACAAGAGUGUUCUCCAGAUGAAGAAGGAUGGUACAGAUUGGGUUCGGUACUAUUGCAAAUGGGUCAAUUUAAUAAAGCUGAAGAUAUCUAUCACGAUUUACUCGAUAAAACAAACGAUGAUAAAGACAAAGCACUUCUUUACGGUCAAAUUGGUUCGAUUAAAAAAGAUCAAGGAAAAUAUCAAGAGGCACUUACACUCUAUGAAAAAUCACUUGAUAUCAAACAAAAAACUCUUCUUCCUAAUCAUCCUAACCUGGCUUCUUCUUACAACAACAUUGGUGAAGUGUAUCGAAACAUGCUUAUUUAUGAUAAAGCACUUGCUUAUUAUGAGAAAGCUCUUGUAAUUCAACAACAAUCGCUUGCUCCCAAUCAUCCUGGUCUGGCUAAGUCCUACAACAGCACUGGUUUAAUGUAUGAAAACAUGGGUAAUUAUCCACAAGCACUUUUAUAUUAUGAGAAAGCCUUUGCAAUUCAACAACAAUCACUUCCCUCCAAUCAUCCUGAUUUGGCUAAGUCCUACAACAGCAUUGGUGAAGUGCAUAGAAACAUGAUUAAUUACCCAGAAGCACUUUCUUAUCAUGAAAAAGCCCUUGCAAUUCAACAACAAUCACUUCCUCCCAAUCAUCCUGAUUUGGCUAAGUCCUACAACAGCAUUGGUGCUGUGCAUAGAAACAUGACUAAUUAUCUAGAAGCACUAUCAUAUCAUAAAAAAGCCCUUGCAAUUCAACAACAAUCACUUCCCUCCAAUCAUCCUGAUUUGGCUAAGUCCUACAACAGCAUUGGUGAAGUGCAUAGAAACAUGAUUAAUUACCCAGAAGCACUUUCUUAUCAUGAAAAAGCCGUUGCAAUUCAACAGCAAUCACUUCCCUCCAAUCAUCCUGAUUUGGCUAAGUCCUACAACAGCAUUGGUAAAGUGCAUAAAAACAUGGUUAAUUAUCCAAAAGCAGUUUUAUCUCUUGAAAAAGCCCUUGAAAUUCGACAACAAUCACUUCCCCCCAAUCAUCCUGAUUUGGCUCAGUCCUACAACAACAUUGGUUUAGUGCAUGACAAGAUGUGUAAUUAUUCACAACUACUUUUAUCUUAUGAAAAAGCCCUUGAAAUUUGGCAGCGAUCACUUCCUCCCAAUCAUCCUUAUUUGGCUCAGUCCUACAACAACAUUGGUGAAGUGCAUGCCAAGAUGGUUAAUUAUCCAAAAGCAGUUUUAUCUCUUGAAAAAGCCCUUGAAAUUCGACAACAAUCACUUCCCCCCAAUCAUCCUGAUUUGGCGCAGUCUUACAAUAACAUUGGUAAUGUGUAUGACAACAUGGGUAAUUAUUCACAAGCACUUUUAUCUUAUGAAAAAGCCCUUGAAAUUCACCAGGAAUCACUUCCUCCCAAUCAUCCUGAUUUGGCUCAGUCCUACAACAACAUUGGUGAAGUGUAUGUCAAGAUGGGUAGUUAUCCAAAAGCAGUUUUAUCUCUUGAAAAAGCCCUUGAAAUUCGACAACAAUCACUUCAUCGCAAUCAUCCUGAUUUGGCUGCUUCGUACAACAGCAUUGGUAUUGUGCAUUCCAAGAUCGGUAGUUAUCCAGAAGCACUUUCGUAUUUUGAGAAAGCCUUAGAACUUCAAGAACAAUCACUUUCUGCCAAUCAUCCUAAUCUGGCUUCUUCCUACAAUAACAUUGGUAAUGUGCAUGACAACAUGGGUAAUUAUCCAAAAGCACUUUUAUCUUAUGAAAAAGCCCUUGAAAUUCAACAACAAUCACUUCCUCCCAAUCAUCCUGAUUUGGCUUCUUCUUACAACAACAUUGGUUUAAUACAUCAAAUCAUAGGUAAUUAUCCAAAAGCACUUACAACUCAUGCAAAAGCCCUAGAAAUUCGACAGCAAUCACUUCCUCUCAGUCAUCCUAAUUUGGCUAUGUCCUACAGCAACAUUGGUCUGGUAUAUGAAAGUAUGGGUAACUACUCAAAAGCCCGUCCAUUUCAUGAACUUGUUAUACAAAUUGCGCAACAAUCAUUACCUACAAAUCAUGUUCGUCUUCAAGGAUACAGAAUGAAUCUCGAACGCAUAAAAAACAAAAAAUAA